CGUACGCUUUCAAAAUCUCUCCCUCCACAAACACAGGAAAUGUCCGUCGUGUUAUUUCAUUAAUGUUUUGUGUGUGUGUGUGUCGCCCAGUUCAGUCAUCAUCAUAGAUGGAGUCCAAGGAUUCUGAAAGCAAGGCGUCUCGGUCCCUGAGGCGAUCUACGCGGCAGACAUCCUCGAAACCGCUGGUUUCUGGGCCGACCCCCAGGGGUCCGCUGAAGAGGACCAAGAGGGGCUCGGGGAAACCGGGUCCUGUCGCAGCAGUCAACGGGUCCGGAGAUCAGGAGAACGGCUCUGAGGAUGAAGAGUCCCCGAGCAAGAAGAGCCGGCUGGAGGCUGAAGGAGCAGCGGGAGGUGAUGAUGAUGGUGGUGAUGAUGGGACUGAGAUGGAAGUCCAGGAGUCAGCUGGAGAUGUGAAGAAUUACCAGGAUCAGGAAACCGUCGUUUACAAGCAGGACUCCUCUCAUGGCACCCAUCCCCCUAAACUCUACCAAGGUUCCAUUGGAGAUGUGAAUUUACACCCUCGUGUAGUGUUACACGAAUACCGCCGACCCCAAGUUGCAAGUGGAGAAGCAGACUCGAUAGUAACCAAAAGAGUAUACUCCUCAACCAAAGGACCGGCAGCCCCCCCCAAGUCUGCUGUGCAACACAGAUCCUUGGUGAACAGCCAUGAUGUGCCCACUACCACGACCAGCAUGGCUGAGUACAGGAGUAGGAUGGAGGCCAGGGCCAAGACAGCUGCUAUUCCCACAGUGAACAACGUGAGCCCAAGUGUUUACCCAUCGUCAGAGAAAUCCGUGUCAGUGCAUCAACGUUUGAGACCCAUUCCAAUUCAAAAAGAAUCGGAUAAGCCCAAGAAAAAAGCAGGGAAAAAUAAAACCGAUGUCAUCAAGAAAAGCUCCAGAAAUUCUUCUCGGGGUUGCAUGUGGUAUUUCUGGUGUUUGGUUGCCCUGGUGCUGCUCGGUUCUGUCGCCUUCCUGGCAUUCAACAAAUCCCCUGUCCUUAGAAUGGUCAAGGGGCAUAUAUCCAAUGCUGCUGAGCCAGAUGUGUUUGCUGAUCAGUUGUCUCUUCUUGAGGCUGAAUUCCCCAGUCAGCAUCCAGAGUUGUGGAAAAGGAGCAAGAUACACCUGGGGAAGCACCUGAGAACAGCCCAGCCCACAGAGCCGGUGAGUGUGAUUCUCACCGCUGGCCGCAGCGCUGAGAGAACGCUGCAAUGCCUCGCUCAGGGCCUGGCCUCCGCCUUCUCGUCUGUCAACAAAACCUCCGUCCUCCAAAUCGAUGGAGCCAGCAAAGCCAGUCGGGACAGUGAUGAAGUGAAGCUGGACAUUGACAGCCAACUGAAGGAGGCCUUUGAAGGUGAUAAACCAGUGGCAAUCAUUCAUCGCCUUGAAGAGCUGCCUCCAAGCUCUACCCUCAUUUUUUAUCGCUACUGUGACCACGAGAAUGCAGCGUACAAGCAGGUGUUCCUGUUGUUUACUGUGCUGCUACCUCAGGACGAGGUUAGCAGUGAGCAAAGUCUGAAGGAUGUAGACGAGAUGGUGCAAGACUAUCUAAGGGAGAGGCUGGUGGGCUCCAGCAGCCAAACCUCCUUCAAUGAGAUGGACAAUAACAAGUACGGUGGACUGUGGAGCCGCAUCUCGCACCUUGUUUUGCCUGUCCUGUCUGAGAAGGAAGUAGAGAAGAGAGGAUGCUCAUAAACCGAGCUGGCUUCUCAAAAGAAAGCAGAAUACCACUUUGGACUAGCCUCACACUUUUUGGCACAGUGCAGAAGCUAGGAAACAAAAGUAAAAUGGAAGUAUAACGUGUGUGCUGUGAUAAUUCACAUAUAGACUUGAUUUGAAACAGUUGAAAAUGGUAUUAAUCUCUCUCUGUCAGAGAUAAAAUUGUACUAUGCGUGUUCAGUUUAACUGCUUCCAAGAUGUUCAGCGCAGUUUUUAAUUAAAUGUGUGGACAUGUUCAGGCUUUGCAUCAGGCUAGAUAAAAUGGUGUUGCACCAUCAUUCCACUUCCAACAGGGGAAUUCAGUCCAUUUCUCUCGUAGAUUUAACAUAGAACAAGAUGCAAAGCACUUUCUUCAAAUAAAUUUUCCAUGUCCAAUCCAUAGAUUGAAUAUAAAUAUGGACAAGGCGUCUCCCCUUCUUCUCACUAACCAGAAAAUGAAGACAAAACUUCCUAUUUACAAAACUAUUCUAGCAUCAGACAACUAUUAAAACCAAACUUAAUGAAUGACAGAAAAAUCUGUUUGACGUGUAGUUUUGAAUCACUGUAAGGGAGCUGUCCUGUCUCCAUCUUUGUAAACAGUCUAUGGUCCAAACCAAAAGUGUUACUGUUAAAUGGUGAAGAAUUACACAGGGUCCUCCAGUAAAAGUAAAAAAAAAAUGUGGAAAUUCAUAUUUCUUGGUCUAUACCAAAUCUCAGAGACAACUGAUGACAUGCUUUAUAUUUCUGUCUAAUGUGUGCAUCCCUUCUUUUAAUUAUCUUGUGCACACAACUGGAUUGGAUUUGCACUGAAAAGGUUUUUCCUUAACUAGCCCUCAAAUCAAGAGUAUUGGCUUUUAAAAAGAUACAACUUUUUUAUCUUUUGUUGUUGAAUUUGUAUAUAUGUUGACUUUUUUUAGAUUGGAUAUAUAUAUGUAUAUAAGAUUUAAAAAGGUUUGUUUACCACCAAAAUGUAGUUAUGUUGUAAAAACACAGGUUUUGAAUUUGUACAAAUAUUUUGACAGAAUAUCACAAAAUGUGCCUUAAAUACUAACAUGGAGACGAUUAGACUCAUCUGACUCUGACACUCUUUGACGACAAAUUCAGAACUCAAACAAGCUUUUUUGUUGAUUUCUUUCUUUAAUCUGUUCUAAUUUGAAUCAUCGUGUUCUUACUUGAUAUAAGUCAUUCCUCUUAUUUUGUUAUUCUGAGAUGUUGCCCGUAUAUAGACCUGGAUAUUUUCAAUAAAAACUAUUUUGGUACCUGGAA